AUGCAACGACGCUUAGGCUCUGGCAAGGCUCUGGCACGCAUCACCCCUCCCAAUCACCGCCGAUUGACGGGCAUGGACCCAGAUUCAACUAAACACGCUAACAGGUGGAAUCAAAGGCUGCUAGGCGUUACUAACAGAAUAUGGGCCAUCAUCCUCGGAUUCGUUCUACUCAUCACGCUAUCGCGAUUUCUAUUUUUUUCAAGCCAUACCAGCGCUGGGUCAUUUACAACGGAAGGCCUCGUGCCAAAGAAUUACCUUCAUGAAGCCAACCGCCUUAUCGGCAAUUCGUCCGAGGUUGCAAACCCGUUCAACUUUUGUCCUGUGUUUGGGCCCAAAGAUGAGAUUGCGAAUAAGUAUGGGGUUGUACCGUUGUCGCAGAGUCGGUUGCAUUUGGGGAGUGGGGCGAGGGUGCAUAGGGUUAUUCACAAAGCACUUUUGGGUCAACCUGUGACUAUCAGUGUGCUUGGUGGUUCUAUAUCUGCAUGUCACGCAGCAGGAGAUGAUCCACUGUCUUCUAGUUGCUAUCCUUCACGCUUUUUCCAGUGGUGGUCGAGCGUUUUCCCUCAUCCCGCUUCAGAACUUACCAACGGUGCUAUGAGGCGAACGAACUCAGGCUACUUUGGAUUCUGUAGCUCACAUCAUAUCCCAGAAAGCACCGACUUGGUGAUACUCGAAUUUGACGUCGACGAUGAAGGCACCCAGCGUGCGAUGGAACAUUUCGAGCUGAUGGUUCGCUCAAUAUUGGACCGCCCUGAUCAACCUGCAGUCAUCAUUCUGGGGCAUUUUAGUGCACAGACGCACCAGGUAUAUGGAUUUGCAGGACCUGACCAUUGGCACAAUAUCGUCGCACAAUUCUAUGACGUACCGCAUGUCAGCGUCAAACCUAUACUAUAUCCCUCCUACAUGGUAAACCCUGACCUCAUCAAGCCUUACUUUGCAGACCCCAUCCUUGCAACUCCGGCCGGCCAUGAAAUUCUCACCGACGUUCUCGUAUCAUACUUCCAAUCUCAGAUAUGUGCUGCGUGGUCAACGGCGCGUGGCCACUCGUACGAGACCAUUCCUAUCAUGAUGUCACAUGGCUACCUCCCAGGUGCAGAUACGCAUCUCUUUGGCGGAAUUGGUGCAAGGAAAGGUGCUGCGGUGCCUGAACCACCACGCCCGGUAGAUGACGGUGCAGAAGCCGAGAAGAAACACGCGCUAGCUCUUGCCCAAGCAGAAUCUCAUUCUGUACCAAUCUACCCUGAACUGCGAAUUCCUCCUGUUCGAAUUAAUACACGCCUCAAAGACCCGCUGCCAUUCGAAGAAAUUGCACCGUUUUGUGCGUCUGCUAAUGACCUCGUGAACCCUGUGCCUCCGUCGCUUUUCUACGGGUCUGGUUGGGCAGCAGCGCAUCCUCCGGCAGGGUCCUCUCCUAUGAUCACAGCUGGAUAUUAUUGGUAUAGCUCGAUGCCCACGAGCAGGUUGCGCGUACCCAUAAAAGUGGGCGCUGGAGAUGUCGGGAUCUAUUACUUGAAAGAGCCUACGAGCCGGAUCGGGGAAGGAAGUGAAAUUGAAUGUUGGGUGGAUGAUAAUUUUGGAGGUGCGGUAGUUAUAGGAAAUGCAGGACGCGUUAGUGAGGGGACACCGACAUCAUCAAGUCUUGCGGUGAUUGAUCAAUUUGUCACGAGAGGAUCGCACUUUAUCGAAUGCCUGCUACUUGGAAUUGAGGGGCAAAGUGUACCUCCUUUCAAAAUCAUUGGCGUAUUCGCGACGUAG